CAGGUGCUAGACUUAGAGAGUCAACGUCGACGGUUUGCUAAUGAGUGGACACAAGUGGAUUGACCGCCAGGAAGGGGAAGAAGACGAAGAUGAAACUGACCCUGUCGACUCAAUGAUAGAAAAAACUGGCUGCUCAGAAGAACACCACAAUGUUCAAUAUUGCAUGUUUGAACAUCGGGACUGGAGAAAGUGUCAAAACGAAGUAAAAAUAUUCAAAGAUUGUAUAGAAAAAUCGAAGAAGUGAAUAAUUGUAUUUAUAAUAAACUAUCGAAAUGUCUCCAAAAAAGAUUAACGAACAAGAAAAAUAUCCUGAGAUGUUGGAUACUUUGCUGAAAAACUUUGUUGCUAUGACAAUUAAUGAUAAUUUGAGUAGUAGCACUCCAUCUACUCCACCAAUUAAUUGGCAAGCAUUAUCAGAUUCAUUGCCGGAUACAAGUCCUGAAAUGUGCAAAAGACGAUUUGUGGAACUUCGUAAUUUACAUCUUGUGGAAAGAGAGCAGGGUGAAUAUGUUUCUAACAAGGAUCCCGAUGGUCUAUAUGAUUAUGUUCAAAUGUUAUUUAAAAAAGACGAAAAAGAAAGGAAAAGAAUCAAUAAAGCAAAAAAAAGAGCAGAACAAAAAAAACAGAAGCAAGAGUAUGAUGAUCCAAUAAAUACAGAUUGUGAUACCAGAUCCACUACUCCAUCCACAUAUCCACCUUAUAGCAAUAGCAAUUAUACCAGCAAAAUGCAAGGCGGUCCAAGCAUGGUUAUUCAUGUAUGUGAUGAAGCCAAAAACCUACGACAAGACUUUACUUGCCCAAGAGAUCUUCUUAUUCAAGAAAUGCGAUACUUCGCCGAGUAUUUGUCUGUUGAUUCUCAGAGACUGGAAGAAGUUGACAUUUCUGUUCACUGUGAUAUCCAUAUAUUUGAUUGGUUAAUGAGGUAUGUAAAACGCAAUUCUGGGCUGGUUGAUGCUGCCGAUAAACCGAAGCUAGAACCCAGCAAUGUUGUGUCCAUUCUUAUUUCUUCGGAUUUCCUGAAAAUGGACUCUUUAGUGGAAGAAUGCAUUGGUUAUUGUCAUGAUAACCUCUCACAAAUCGUUUCAACCCCCUGCAACAUGAACUGUGUUAAUGAAAAAUUAACGGAAAGAAUUGCAUCAAGAUUUAGUCACGUUGAGUUAGAAGAAGUGAAAGAUCGGAAAGAUAAAUUUAAAAGCAAACUAUUUUGUCGAAAAAUAGAAGAACUUUUCAGUCCAAGCGUGAGUUCUGAUUCACCAGGAAGUGCUUCCACACUUUUCAGGUGCAACUUCUGUCGCAGAGUUAUCACAUUAGAACAAAAAGAUGCAAUUCCUUGCACGAAUACAAGAAUGUGCAUCAAUAGCAGGGGAAUGCUUUCUUAUGAACAUGAACCAGAUACAUCAUGGGAUGUUUCAAAUUAUGUUCUUAAUUUACAUGAAGAAUUAAAAAAAUGGGGACUUGUGUACUGGAGACUUUGGGGUGUAGUCAACCACUUAACAUGUUCCAGAUGUGAGCAGACGUUCCAGCUGUGUGAUUUUGGUCAAUGCCAUUAUCAUGCGGAACGUCCACAGUUCCGGCAGUUGCUCGAUAUGCAAGUAUCUGAUCACGCAGUUGGUUUAUAUCCAUGUUGUAACCAAAGAAUACUGAGAUUUGAUCCAACAGGUGUUAUUAAGGGAUGCAGACUAAGAGACCAUGUUGUUACACCAACAAAUAAAAAAGAAGAUAAGCUUCUUGAGGAAUUACAGAACUAUAAAAAUCUUAUCAAAGUUACAGAUCAACUUAUUCCAGUAUCGAGCGACUUGAAUAUAUUCAGUGCAGAAGAAUCAAUCUGUGGCGUCGACGAACCAACUUCUACUCCUGCUGAGAUAAUGUCUCCACCACCUCUUCUGCCUCCACAACCUAAAUUAUCUCCUGUUACUAUAAAAGUACAAAGAACUGUGUCACCGAGUGAUAUGUAUUACACUGGUCUAGCUGACAAUAGUGAGGAAGACACAGGAGAAGAAGAAACAACACCUAAACAUCAUUAUAAACCAACUCCUACUCCAUCACAUAUGUCUUCCAUUUCAUCUCAAAAUUCAUCAACAGAUAUUAAACAAAUCAAUCAAAAUCAAUUAUCAGUUGCAAUUACACCGAGUGGGGCAGUGUCCAGAAUAUCAAACCAAAGUGUUAAAAAAGGAAAAACUAAAUCGGCACAACAUACUGAUGAUACAGCUUAUGGCAAAUUUCCCAGCAAACAGAAGUGGGAAAACGCGAGAUCAAUUCGGUGGAAUCAAGAUGUACAAAGAGAAGAAGAUAUGAAGAGAAUUGUAGAAAUGACUUCCCAGUUAUCUAAGAAGAGGGUGGACAAAGGUGACAAAGCAAAAACAAAAGAUUCUCGAGAGUAUCCAGGUGGCAUGUUCUCCAAACUCGAAGUUAAUUUCUACUCUAAUUUGAGAUCAAACUCAAUUACGGGAAUGGGAAGCGGGAGACAACCCGGAGGAAGCAGCAAUCGUGAUAACAGAAUAAGAGGAAGGCAAGGACAGCUGGCAAUUAAAAACAUAUCAAUGAAAUACGUGACAAGACCAAGAUUGGAAUCUAAAUCAUUCAUCUGAUCUUUGUAAAAUAAUAAAGGUUUCCUAUUACAAAUAUCAGGCGGAGUUGUGUAGGUGAAGAUGAAUGAUGACCAUAAGAUCCUGUUAAUCCAGCGUUAGUAUUAACAUUGAUCAGUCGAUCUCCGCUAGAAUAUCCCAACCUGGGAAGCGGAUCCAUUAUGGAAGAUUUU